AUGACAGGCUCACCGACAGACACUGCCCUGUCGGCCUCGGACGAGAAGGCCAAAAACCAUGAUCUGGUCGUCGCAGCUGACCACGAGGGAAGACACGUCGUGGUCGACGCCGAGGCGGCGCACGAGUACAUCAUUGACCCGGCCGCGGAGUCGCGGCUCGUGCGCAAGCUCGACCUGCGCGUCCUGCCCAUGGUCUUCCUCAUGUACUUCUUCACCUUCCUGGACCGGACAAACCUGGGCAAUGCCAAAGGCGCGGGCCUCGAGGCGGACCUGGGCCUGGGCACGUACGGCUUCAACAUUGGCGCCUGCCUGUACUACAUCGUGUACUUUUUCGCCGACAUCCCCGCUGCGCUGAGCGUCAAGAAGUUUGGCUUCAUCAUGCUGCCGCUCAGCUGCAUCCUGUUUGGCAUCGUGACGCUGGGCACGGCGUUCAUUCACAACGCGCCGGGCUUCUACGUCGUCCGCGUGCUGCUCGGCCUCACCGAGUCAUUCCAGUUCCCCGGACUGAGCUACGUGAUUUCGCGGUACUAUCGCCGGUCCGAGGUGACGACGCGCGUCUCCUUCUUCAUGCUCGCCGCCGCGGGGCUGGCCGGAGGCUUUGGUGGCCUGCUUGCCUCUGCGCUGCUCGCGCUGGGGAGCAUUGGCAGUGUGACUGGCUGGCGCAACAUUUUCCUUGUCGAGGGUACUGACAAUGACCCCCGCAGAAUCAUCACGAUUGGAGUCGGCAUCAUAUCGCUAUACCUCUUCCCAGCAGACCCGUCCAGAACACGCAUCUUCAGUGAAGAGGAGCGUGCACUCGCGAUGGCGCGCAUGUUCCACGACCAGCCUGCGAUUGUCGAACACAAGGAACGCAUCACCUGGCCGCUCAUCAAGCGCGGGUUCUUCAAUGUCAACGUCAUGGUGGGCGCGUGGAUCUACAUCUGCGACCAGAUCACGGUGCAGGGGCUGUCCAUCUUCACAGUGACGAUCCUCAAGCUCAACUACCCGGGGCGGUCGACGGUCGAGAUCCAGCUGCUGAGCGUGCCGCCGCCCAUCUUUGGGGCGCUGUUUGGGCUGGCCGUGGCGUACGUGACGAUGAAGACGCAGAAGCACGGCAUCGCAAUUGCGUGCUGCGCGGCGGUCAACGUGAUUGGCUACUCGAUCUGGAUCGCGUCGACGAACGCGCAGGCGCGGUAUGCGGCCAUCUUCCUCAACACGGCCGGCGGGUUCAGCUGGGGCACGCUGAUUCUGAGCUGGACGCUAGCCAACGCGGCACCCGACACGGUGCGGAACGUGGCCAACGGCGCGGUGUCGGGGCUUGCCAACAUUGGCAGCAUCGCGGCGACGUGGUCGUACGUGUCGACGGACGCAGGCUCGGGGUACAGGAUUGGCAACAGCCUGAAUGUGGCGACAGGGGCGUCGGUGAUUGUGGCGGCGCUGGCGCUGGUGAUGUAUCAGAAACUGGAGAACCGGAAGCGGGAGGGCGGCGGGCGCGACUACAGGCUGCAGGGCCCUGCACACAAAAUCGCCAAGCUGGGCCACCUGCACCCCGAGUACCGGUACAUUCACUAG